GCAAUCUCAUUAUAGCCAAUGUGGAGCAAUGUGGAGUAUAAUUUUAAUGCUUGUUGAAUCAGUUUUUUUUGUUACAAUUUUAUGCAUUUAAGAUUAAAUGAUUAUGAAUAGAAAGAUAAUAAAACGUGAGUGAGAUACUAGCAGACGACAAAAACACGUUUAUAACUGAAAAACACGUUUUUCUAUUAGUUCUACUGAUUAGCAGAAAGUUUGUGACAAUUAACGAUUUUUUAAACAAUCUCAACUAUAAAUAUCAAACUUAACAAGGGUGAAGACUGUGAUGGAAAGAAAUUUUAAAGAUUGGAAACCUUUCAUCCACGGAGGUUUGGCUUCCAUUAUUGCUGAAUUGGGAACAUUUCCAUUAGAUACAACAAAAACCCGUUUGCAAAUACAGGGUCAAAAACUUGAUAAAAAAUAUGCAUAUUUAAAGUAUUCUGGAAUGACAGAUGCGCUCGUUCAGAUUUCAAGACAAGAAGGAGUUGGAGCUUUAUAUGCUGGAAUAAGCUCAGCAAUUUUGAGGCAAGCAACGUAUGGAACAAUUAAAUUCGGAACAUAUUAUUCCUUACAAGAAUUUGCAGUGGAACGAUGGGGCGAUGAUGAUUUAUUUUUAAUUAAUAUUAUUUGCGCCGCAUUGGCUGGUGGAAUAUCGAGUGCAAUUGCAAAUCCAACUGAUUUAGUUAAAGUUCGAAUGCAAACCGGUCUCAAAACAAGUUCCUCACUUUUUGGAUGUUUUCAAGAUGUUUAUCUCAAUGAAGGCAUUCGCGGACUUUGGAGGGGUGUUGGUCCAACGGCGCAACGAGCUGCAGUUAUCGCUGCUGUGGAGCUCCCAAUUUACGAUUUUACCAAAAAUAAACUCAUUGAUAUCAUAGGAAAUAAUGUCACUAAUCACUUUGUGUCAAGUUUUGCAGCGAGUAUGGCGAGUGCUGUCGCUUCAACGCCAAUUGACGUUGUUCGUACUCGACUGAUGCAUCAAAGGAGAGUUCGAACAACUUCUGGAAAAUUACCUUCACACAUUUAUAAUGGAAGUAUAGAUUGUUUACUACAAACAAUAAAAAAUGAAGGAUUCCUAGCUCUCUACAAAGGAUUUAUACCAACAUGGUUUCGAAUGGGACCUUGGAACAUUAUUUUCUUUAUAACAUUCGAGCAACUCAAGAAUCUAUAAUAAUAAGUAGAGAAUUUUUACAACUAAUUCGACAAUUUAAUUAAAAAAAGACCGAAAGGACACAAAAAAACCAAUUCUUAUGAAGAAGAAAUAAGAUAAAAUUUUUAAAAUCAGAACGAAUAUUAGAAAAAGGAAACUAAAAAAACCCCCCAAAGAAAAAACUAUCAAAACUUCAAAAAUGAAGAAAAUCAAACAAAUUUUUGAUUUCGAAAUUUCGAAUCUCGGGUUCUCUACUUUAAAAAAAAAAACAAAAAAAAGAAAGUUGAGAAAAGUUCAAAGUAUGAAAUAGUAUUAUGAAAAGAAAUAUUGAAAUAUAUUUUUAAUACAAACUCGAGAGACACAUAAAAAGAUUUCUUUAAGAAAUUGCUUGUUUAUUCAAAAUAUGAGAUAUUUUUGAAUUUUGUAUUGGGUACUUAAAUUUUAUUAGCAAAUUUCUUUAAAUCAAUUUUUUUGCGCCAGAGAGUCAAUUAGAGUAUUAUAUUAUUUACAAUACAUUAUAUAUAAAAAAAAAAUCUUUAACAAAUAAAAAUAAUUAAAUUAACCCAACUCUACCUCUGAAAAUUAUGUGAUGAAAUUAAGCAUUUUACAAGAUGUCUUUUUCUCUUGAUCAUUAUUUAAAAUUUUUUGCAUUUUAGAUAAGUUUAAACUGUAUUUUCAAUUCCUAGAUUCUAGGACAUAAGAUAAAUAGUUAAAAACAAAGAAAUAUUAAAAAAAAAAAUUAUUCUUGCUAGUCAAGUUCUUCCACCAAAGCUUUAAGAUUGUAUUACUAAUUUUUAAAGACAAUAUUUUUGAAUUUCAUCUAAUUUUAUAAUUGAUAUACGCUUUUUUUAAUGAUCAUGUUAUUUAUUGCAAUCAUUUGAAAUUCUUACGCAUCAUAAAAAAAAUUUUAUACAGCCAUAAUCAAUACUAUAAACAGUCUUCGUUUCUAUGUACAAUAAAAAGAAAUUAUAUAUUUCAAAAAAUAUGCAUAUUAAAAAUAAUUUUUAAAUCAAUUUCUUUUAAUUCGUUUUCAAUAGAAUUUUUAUCACAUUAAAUGAAAUUUUAAUUCAUUUUAUUUCACUUUAUUAUCUGCUUUUAAAAAUAAUGAAUUUAAUUUAUUUACUCCGAAAAUAAUCGUCAAUCGAUAUCCCAAACUAUUAUUUUUCUAUCUUUACCGCCUGUUAUCACCUUUUUAUUAUCAAUUGUCACAACUAUUGAUGUAACAGGACCUGUAAUCAAAAUGGACAAAAAAUUUGUAUACGUUGUUAUAUAGGAAAAAUUCUCGAGAUUUUUAGAUUGUUGUAAAGCUUCUAGCGAUUUAUAAUCUUUUUGGAGCGAAAAAGAGAAAGAGAGAAAAAAGUAAUGAAAAAUUUUAAAGAAAUAAUUAUAAAUGUAGGUAGAAAAUUGCGCUUUGUAUUUAGCAAGUGUGUGAGAACGAAAAGAAAACUUGUAAAUUUGUGAAGUAUGAAAUGUAAAUAAAAAUUUUUUUUUCGAAUUA